AUGAAGCUGUUUUUUGUUUUUGUGAUUGUUUAUUUUGUAGAUGGAGCCCUAAGUUUACCGUUCAAUCAAGAUGAAAUAAAAAUAGCAAUUGAACAAGGUACACUAAUCGGUCGAAAGUCAUUGGAUUGGAAGGGUGGUGUUUAUUACAGUUUUGAAGGUAUUCCAUACGCAAAGCCACCUGUAGGAGGACUUCGAUUUAAAGCACCAGAACCAGCAGAUCCAUUGAUUGGUGUUUAUAAUGCAACUAGAUCAAGAGCAAUGUGCCCACAACAAAUGCAUCCAGAGGUGGAGCAAAGUGAAAACUGUUUAUUUGUGAAUGUUUAUACUAAAAUGGCUGAGAAGUUGAAACCAGUAAUGGUUUGGAUUCACGGAGGAGUUUUCCAACAUGGCUCGAUCGCAGAUAUAGAAAAAACCGGACCUCAAUUUUUAAUUGCAGAAGAUAUAGUUCUGGUACAAAUGCAAUACAGAUUAAAUGCUUUUGGAUUCUUAAGUAUUGAUGAUCCAAAAUACAAGAUUCCUGGGAAUGCUGGCUUCAAAGAUCAAAUAUUAGCUUUAAAAUGGGUUCAAAAGUACAUUAAGUACUUUGGUGGUGAUCCAAAUCAGGUUACCAUAUUUGGAGAAAGCGCUGGAGGGGUAGCGGUACAUAUGUUAUAUGUUUCACCUGCUGCAAAAGGCCUUUUCCAUCGAGCAAUUGCUACAAGUGGCUCUGCAGGAAAUAUUUGGAUAACGGGGCCAAAUAAAUCACCACAAUUGGCAAAGGCCUUAAAUUGUCCAUUAAAUGAUGUGGAUACUAUAUUUGAAUGCAUUAAUAGCAAAUCGACGAAAGAAAUUGUGGAUUCUUUUACUAUUUUAAGACAAAAUCCGAACUACACUGUUGCAGAAGGACCAAUCAUGAAUGUGCUAACCAUUGAGCAUCCAAACACCAAGAAUGCAUUUAUGACAGAAAGUGUUUAUGAAACUGUCAUGAAAAAGAAAUUUAACCGUUUACCAUUUAUGACUGGAUUUUGUGCUGAUGAAUCAGCUUUAUUUCAUAUGAUUGAUGAAUUUCCACAUUUUAGACCAAAUUUUACUGAUUAUAAAUAUUUAAUACCAAAAGAUCUUAGUGUUAAACGAGGCACCGAUGAAGAAGUUGCAGUUGCUCAACAAAUAAAAGAAUUUUAUUGGGGUGAAUCGAAUCCAUCUUCGGAUUUAUUAGAUCCUUACGUAAAAUACUUAUCCGAUGUGCAAUUUAUCGAAAAGCUGUAUCAUUAUGCCAAAAUGCAAGCAAAAAUUGCACCAGAAGUACCAUUAUAUUUUUUCAAAUUAAAUCAGUACACAUCACUGAAUACACUAUACCCGAUACCAUUGUACUCUGGUAAAAAUUAUACGGUCCAUGGUGAUGAUUUGCAUUAUUUAUUUUCUACUGGUGAGAAAUUAAAUCUGGAUCCCAAAUCAAAUGAAUACAUUGGAAUAAAUCGCAUGGUUAAAUUAUGGACAACAUUUGCUAAAUCAAAAAAUGCUUAUCCGAUCCCUGAUAAUGAUCCGUUGUUUAAGAAUGUUGAAUGGAAACCAGUGGAGCAACAACAAUUUAAUUAUUUGCAUAUUCAGCCAGGCUUAGUUUUGGAAGUCAAUCCAAAUGAAGAACGUUUUGUAUUUUGGGAGAAACUUUAUCGUAAAUAUAAUCAGAGGGCUUAGAAUCCUGUAAAUAAAGUAUUUUGAAAACUUG